AUGUAUUCUUUCUUGCUUCUCAAAUCUUCUUUCUUUUCAUAUCUUCUUUCUUCUCUUCUUUCUUUCUUUCAUUCUUUCUUCACACAUCUUUCUUUCUCAUAUCUUCUUCCUACACACACAUUAUUUCCUUCUUUCUUUACAUGUCUUCUUUCUUUCUCAUAUUGUCUUCCUUUUUAUACUUUCUUUCUUUAUUUCUUUCUCAUAUUGUCUUCCUUUUUAUACUUUCUUUCUUUCUUUCUUUCUCAUAUUGUCUUCCUUUUUAUACUUUCUUUCUUUCUUUCUUUCUCAUAUUGUCUUCCUUUUUAUACUUUCUUUCUUUCUUUCUUUCUUUCUUCUCAUAUCUUCUUUAUUCUUUCUUUACAAGUCUUCUUUCUUUCUCAUAACAUAUUCCUACACAUAACUUCUUUCUUUCUUUCUUUCUUCACAUAUAUUCUUCCUUCAUGUAUCUUCUUUCUUUCUUUCUUUCUUUCUUCACAUAUCUUCUUCCUUCAUGUAUCUUCUUUCUUUCUUUCUUUCUUUCUUUCUUCACAUAUCUUCUUCCUUCAUGUAUCUUCUUUCUUUCUUUCUUCACAUAUCUUCUUCCUUCAUGUAUCUUCUUCCUUCAUGUAUCUUCUUUCUUUCUUUCUUUCUUUCUUUCUUUCUUGUAUCUUCUUCCUUCAUGUAUCUUCUUUCUUUCUUUCUUUCUUUCUUUCUUCUUCAUAUCUUCUUCCUUCAUGUAUCUUCUUUCUUUCUUUCUUUUCUUUCUUUUCUUUCUUCCUUCAUGUAUCUUCUUUCUUUCUUUCUUUUUUCUUUCUUUCUUUCUUUCUUCUUCCUUCAUGUAUCUUCUUUCUUUCUUUCUUUUCUUUCUUUCUUUCUUCAUAUCUUCUUCCUUCUUCUUUCUUCUUUCUUUCUUUCUUCACAUAUCUUCUUCCUUCAUGUAUCUUCUUUUUCUUUCUUUCUUUCUUUCUUCACAUAUCUUCUUCCUUCAUGUAUCUUCUUUCUUUUUCUUUCUUUCUUCACAUAUCUUCUUCCUUCAUAUCUUAUCUUCUUUCUUUUUUCUUUCUUUCUUUCUUCACAUAUCUUCUUCCUUCAUGUAUCUUCUUUCUUUCUUUCUUUCUUUUUCUUUUCCUUUCUUUCUUUCUUUCUUUCUUUCACAUAUCUUCUUCCUUCAUGUAUCUUCUUUCUUUCUUUCUUUCUUCACAUAUCUUCUUCCUUCAUUCUUUAUCUUCUUUCUUUCUUUCUUUCUUCUUUAUCUUCUUCCUUCAUGUAUCUUCUUUCUUUCUUUCUUUCUUUCUUCACAUAUCUUCUUCCUUAUCUUGUAUCUUCUUUCUUUCUUUCUUCACAUAUCUUCUUCCUUCAUGUAUCUUCAUUCUUUCUUUCUUCACAUAUCUUAUUCCUUCAUGUAUCUUCUUUCUUUCUUUCUUUCUUCACAUAUCUUCUUCCUUCAUGUAUCUUCUUUCUUUCUUUCUUUCUUUCUUUCUUCACAUAUCUUCUUCCUUCAUGUGUCUUCUUUCUUUCUUUCUUUCUUUCUUUCUUCACAUAUCUUAUUCCUUCAUGUAUCUUCUUUCUUUCUUUCUUUCUUUCUUCACAUAUCUUAUUCCUUCAUGUAUCUUCUUUCUUUCUUUCUUUCUUUCUUUCUUUCUUCACAUAUUUAUUCCUUCAUGUAUCUUCUUUCUUUCUUUCUUUUUCUUCAGAUAUCUUAUUCCUUCAUGUAUCUUCUUUUCUUUCUUUCUUUCUUCACAUAUCUUCUUCCUUCAUGUAUCUUCUUUCUUUCUUUUUCUUUCUUCUUCAUAUCUUCUUCCUUCAUGUAUCUUCUUUCUUUCUUUUUCUUUCUUCUUUCUUAUCUUUCUUCCUUCAUCUUAUCGUCUUUCUUUCUUUCUUUCUUCUUCAUAUCUUCUUCCUUCAUGUAUCUUCUUUCUUUCUUUCUUUUUUUCACAUAUCUUCUUCCUUCAUGUAUCUUUCUUUCUUUCUUUUUCUUUCUUCACAUAUCUUCUUCCUUCAUGUAUCUUCUUUCUUUCUUUCUUUCUUCACAUAUCUUCUUCCUUCAUGUAUCUUCUUUCUUUCUUUCUUUCUUUCUUCACAUAUCUUCUUCCUUCAUGUAUCUUCUUUCUUUCUUUCUUCACAUAUCUUCUUCCUUCAUGUAUCUUCUUUCUUUCUUUCUUUCUUUCUUUCUUCACAUAUCUUCUUCCUUCAUGUAUCUUCUUUCUUUCUUUCUUUCUUCACAUAUCUUCUUCCUUCAUGUAUCUUCUUUCUUUCUUUCUUUCUUUCUUCACAUAUCUUCUUCCUUCAUGUAUCUUCUUUCUUUCUUUCUUUCUUCACAUAUCUUCUUCCUUCAUGUAUCUUCUUUCUUUCUUUCUUUCUUUCUUCACAUAUCUUCUUCCUUCUCUUGUAUCUUCUUUCUUUCUUUCUUUCUUUCUUCACAUAUCUUCUUCCUUCAUGUAUCUUCUUUUUUUUCUUUCUUUCUUUCAUAUCUUCUUCCUUCAUGUAUCUUCUUCUUUCUUUCUUUCUUUCUUCAUAUCUUCUUCCUUCAUCUUCUUUUCUUUCUUUCUUUCUUUCUUUCUUCACAUCUUCUUCUUCCUUCAUGUAUCUUCUUUCUUUCUUUCUUUCUUUCUUCACAUAUCUUCUUCCUUCAUGUGUCUUCUUUUUCUUUCUUUCUUUCUUCUUCAUAUCUUCUUCCUUCAUGUAUCUUCUUUCUUUCUUUCUUUCUUUCUUUCUUCCAUAUCUUAUUCCUUCAUGUAUCUUCUUUCUUUCUUUCUUUCUUUCUUCUUUCUUUAUUUUCUUCCUUCAUGUAUCUUCUUUCUUUCUUUCUUUUUCUUUCUUUUCAUAUCUUUUCCUUCAUGUAUCUUCUUUCUUUCUUUUUCUUUCUUCACAUAUUUUCUUCCUUCAUGUAUUUAUCUUCUUUCUUUUUUUUCUUUCUUCACAUAUCUUAUUCCUUCAUGUAUCUUCUUUCUUUCUUUCUUUCUUUCUUCACAUAUCUUCUUCCUUCAUGUAUCUUCUUUCUUUCUUUCUUUCUUCACAUAUCUUCUUCCUUCAUGUAUCUUCUUUCUUUCUUUCUUUCUUCACAUAUCUUCUUCCUUCAUGUAUCUUCUUUCUUUCUUUCUUUCUUCACAUAUCUUCUUCCUUCAUGUAUCUUCUUUCUUUCUUUCUUUCUUUCUUCACAUAUCUUCUUUCCUUCAUCUUCUUCUUCUUUCUUUCUUUCUUUCUUUCUUCACAUAUCUUCUUCCUUCAUGUAUCUUCUUUCUUUCUUUCUUUCUUUCUUCACAUAUCUUCUUCCUUCAUGUAUCUUCUUUCUUUCUUUCUUUCUUUCUUUCUUCACAUAUCUUCUUCCUUCAUGUAUCUUUCUUUCUUUCUUUCUUUCUUUCUUCCAUAUCUUCUUCCUUCAUGUAUCUUCUUUUUCUUUCUUUCUUCAUAUCUUCUUCCUUCAUUCUUAUCUUCUUUCUUUCUUUCUUUCUUCACAUAUCUUCUUCCUUCAUGUAUCUUCUUUCUUUCUUUUCUUUCUUCACAUAUCUUCUUCCUUCAUGUAUCUUCUUUCUUUCUUUCUUUCUUCUUUCUUUUCAUGUAUCUUCUUUCUUUCUUUCUUUCUUCAUAUUUUCUUCCUUCAUGUAUCUUCUUUCUUUCUUUCUUUCUUUCUUCACAUAUCUUCUUCCUUCAUGUAUCUUCUUUCUUUCUUUCUUUCUUCACAUAUCUUCUUCCUUCAUGUAUCUUCUUUCUUUCUUUCUUUCUUUCUUCACAUAUCUUCUUCCUUCAUGUAUCUUCUUUCUUUCUUUCUUUCAUCUUUCUUUUUUCUUUCUUCUUCUUUCCUUUCUUUCUUUCUUUCUUUCUUUCUUUCUUAUAUCGUCUUCCUUUUUAUACUUUCUUUCUUUCUUUCUUCACAUAUCUUCUUCCUUCAUGUAUCUACUUUCUUUCUUUCUUUCUUUCUUUCUUUCUUUCUUUCUUUCUUUCUAA